AACUGUUCGGGGAGGCAGAACUGAGAGAAUUUGGGAAGCCUUCUGUGCACAGCUGCUGCUAACAAAUGAAGACAGAAACUCCCUUGAAAGAAGAGUGCAUGGAAAAUCCUGCUAGGGAAAGAAGCGAGGUUCAUUUGUAUGUCCUAGCUCGCCUCUCAUGCAAGCCCUGAGUGUGAAACACAUCCGCAAGGGUAACAAUGGACAAGACAGAUGAUGCGCAGAUCUGCCAAGAUAAGURUGAAGAGGAUAUCCCGAAGAUUUCCCCCUUUGACUUUGUUAGAAAACAGUUCCAAGGGAAGAAAUCUUCUGGAAAAAGAAAAGRGCAGCCUUCAGGCAUCAGAMAAUUCUUCGGGGGCUUUGACUUUGGGAAAUUGGAAGCCAAGGAGAGAAGGGGGACUGAAGAAGUGGAAAUAAACAACUCUAGAGCUGAUGAUCAGAAUGAGAAGGAACAUCUCRCUAUAGAAGAUGGACUUUCACAUCUUAUUUCUAAACCAGAGUCACCGUCUGGUAAGCAGAGAUUUAACCAAUUCAUGCAGAAGCUGGGAAAGAAACCCAACAGCAAGAAUCUGGAUCUAAAUAAUUGUGCUUUAAGUGCAACAGAUGUAACAGAGCUAGCUUCUUUACUGCCAUUUCUUCCAAAGCUGGACGAGAUCAGCCUCUCCUGGAAUGGUGGUGUUGGAGGGUCUUUGAAAGCUCUCACUACCCAGCUCCAUCAUGUGAACCUAUUAAAAGUUCUUCGACUUAGCAGCUGCAGGCUGACGGCUGARGAUGUCACUUCCUUAGGAGAAGCAUUUGAAGUUGCUCCUCAGCUUGAAGAACUGGAUUUAUCGUGGAACAGUAACAUAGGUGGAAAACUAUCACUGCUGACAAAAAAGCUCCAGAAAGGUUGCAAGAUAAAAAUUCUGAAAAUUACAGAUUGUAACCUGACGGCAAAGGAUGGAGAAUCCCUUGCUCAGAUUCUAAAUGUCAUCUCAAACCUUGAAGUGUUAGAUCUGUCUAUCAACAAAAACAUUGGCUGCAGCAUGAAGAUUAUUGCACAGGAUCUGAAAAAUGUGCCAGGCUUGAAAGAGUUAAACUUGCAUAUGUGUGGAUUAAAGCAAAACGGCCUCCAGGGCUUAGAUGCUGCUUUACAGCACCUGCCAGAGCUGAGAAAAUUAGACCUGUCAUGUAACAAAGAGAUUGGUGGUGGCUUUAAAGACUCAACAGCUCAUUUGGCCAACUUGAAAAAUCUUGAAUUCCUUGAUCUGCACCAGUGCUGUGUAACGGAAGAAGACAUGACUAUUUUGUCCCAGGUGAUACCUUUACUCUCCAAUCUUCAAGAGCUGAAUUUAUCCUCGAAUAAAAAUGUAGGAGUCUCAUCUGAUCCUCUUCUCAGCAGGCUCAGAUUUCUACCAAAGCUGAAGUGUGUGGCCAUCAGCAAUUGCUGUUUACAAGAAGAGUCCUUCUCAUCACUAGCUGAGGCUGCCCUUCACCUUCCUGAACUGGAGAUAUUAGACCUUUCUUGGAAUAAGUGCGUUGGUGGGAACCUAAAGCUGCUUUUGGAAGUGCUAAAGCYUGCAACGGAGAUUCAAGUGUUAAGACUGAGCAGCUGUAACUUGGUGGCCGAAGAUUUGGCACUUCUAAUGUUACUGGCACAGGAUGGUCAUCUAGCCAGAUUACAGAAGCUGGACUUGAGCUAUAACGACAACAUCUCUGAUGAAGGGUGGUCUGUCUUCUGUAAAGGUUUGUCAGUGUUCAAAGGACUGUCRGAGUUAGAUAUCAGUCUUCGCCCCUCGUCUUGCCGUGACUGUGGGAUGUGGGUCGGUGAGUUGUUAGCAGCACUGACCAAGCUGCCAGCACUGGCGGAGCUGGGCAUGCAAAGAUGGGUCCUUUCAGAAUCACAACGGGAACGACUGGAAAGCUUUAAUCAAGACAACAAAAGAAGCAUUCGCUUUGACUGGUGAUGGAGUUCCAAGGCUCCUCACCCACACGUGAACACAGUAUUUUAUUUCUCUGAUAUUGAAAACUCUUCAUUUUCGGUCAUCUUUUUUUCUUGAGAGCUCUUGAAAUAGUUCCAAAAUUAUAUAAAACUGUUAUUUAAUCUUCCAAAUACAUGGAUCCUUAUAUUUAACAACAUAUCCUUUCCUGAUCUCUGAGCCACGCUCACAUUGCUACGCUGAAACACUACAUGGGCUGAAUUUAGGUGUUGUGUGUGCUGCAAUGUCUGAUGUCAAAGGAGCAGUGAACGUUUCAGACGGYGGCAGCCCAGGUGGCCAGCGGAGAUGAGCAGCUGUGCACUAACACAUAUGGGUGGGCAGUGUG